AUGCCUCGUGGGAAGGGCUACCGUCGCUCCCAGGCCGCCAGGAUGAGGAUGGCGUCACGACAGCUGGAUUUGGAACUGCAACCCCCCUGCAGCACCUUUGUUGCACGCGGCGGCACUGGGUACCGCCAUGCAGUUCGGGACUGGCCAACUUCAGCGUUCACGGGCAGGAGCCACAAGUUGGUCAUUCCUGCCGAUGCCCCAGACAAGAAGUUCGUUCUGAUUGUCGGGGCCUCCCAUCUACGUGCUAUCGUAGAUGGGUUCGUCGAGAUGCCAGAGGGGAGGAUGUCCUUUGGCUUCAUGUCAACGCCGGGGGCCUCAGCAGCGCAGCUGAGGACUGAGGUUGAGAACGCUGUUCUCCCUCGGAUCCCAGAGGCAGUCUGUCUGUUGGCUCCUGGCAAUGACUUGACUGCCAGCCGGACUGUCGACGAGGCUGCAGUGGAGUUCAGGAGGCUCCUGACCGCCAUGUGUCGCCGUUGGCCGAAGCUGUGUGUCCUGGAUUUUCCCCGCCGCCUGACCGUGGAGAUGGACUACCAGGAGCUUCUGAGCCAGGAGUACCACCGCGUUGCGGCGCAGAUGGGGAUCCCCUACAAGGCCACUGCUGAGCACUUCCCCUUGGGCCGCCGGGAGCUGUGGUGCAGGGAUGGUGUGCACCUCAGUGACAGUGAUGGGAUGCCUAUCCUGUCGCAGUUGUUGUGGGUUGCUUCCUACCAGCAGGUGGAGUCGAGCGAGCCAGAGCCAGAGCCAGAGGUUCGAGCCAGGCCAUCUCCCCCUGUUCCCAGGCGCUCCCCCCGGGUGGUCGUGACAGGAGAGGUCACGGUGCCACCGCACUCAAACCCCUUUGAGUGGAACGUCGUUGGACCAGGCAGGAAGAUGACUCCACCAGCUAACCUUGACAGGCCCGGUGCUGCCAAGAAGAGGGUGGUUCAGCAGGAGGGGAACGUGGUGCUGAAGGAGUGUUCUGUCGUGCUGAACCCCGUGUGGUUUAGCCGCGAACUUCUGGAUGUGUUGGGUGAUGGCACCGUCCACGUUCCUGCUCCUGUUUCCACAGCAGUGGCGGCGCGCCAGAAGAAGACUACGAGGGAACGUUGCCGGAGACCUAUUGCCUCCUGGAAGCGGGUGGUCCAGCCAGAGGAGGCAGCUGCGCUGGAGGCCCAGGCUUCUCCCACCCCGGUUCCUGCCUGUCUUGCUACAGUGGCUGAGAGGGAGGAGGUUGGCGCACCUCCUUCUGAUCAGUCACUGGGGGACACCAGGAAGGAGCGUGCCAUGGACCUGCAGGUGGAGGAUGUGCAGCAGUCCUGUGACGCAGAGGGGACGGCAGUGGAGCGUGUGCAUGACGUUGGUGUUCCUGCUUCGUCUACGGCUGCCAGUGAUGUCCAGGAUCAGGUGAUUCAUGAUCCUGUCAUGUCUUUCAUUCGUGGGUCCUUUAAUCAGGGGCACAAACGUUUUGGUCCUAACAGGCACAAGCAGUGUGCCACAAACAGUGUGACUGCAGUUAUGACCAAUGUUGUAAAGAGCGCUUGGACUUGGACUCAGACUGACAUUGACAAUGUUUUACUCAAGGGCAACGACUUGUACACUUACAUGAAAAAACACCACAUGAUUAGUGAUGCUCAUCGUAGUGGGUAUAUUUUUGUAAGGGAGUUGCCCAGGGAGCAUGUGUUGUGUAACAACACAUUUAGAUUGGAGUACCUAGACACACUCACAGGAGACAUUGAUGUAGAGGACUAUGACCCUGCUCUGCAAGAUGUGGCCAUGCCUCUGGAUGUUGCUUUCCAGAGGGCCAUGUUUCAGGCAGAUGCUUGCUUGUUGACCAUUAGGAAGAACAUGUGUGUGGUUUUCAAGCAAGGGUCCAGGUUUGCCGUGUUUGAUCCACAUGCACGUGGUGAUGAUGGUGGUUGGCAACCUGAUGGUAGCAGCAUCAUUGCCUACUAUGAUAGUCUGGAUGCACUCUACACACACAUCACCAAACUUGUACAAUCACUAUAUGCCUAUGAUGCACAUGCUAGGGACAAGUUGUUUGAAGUCACUGGUGUUAAGGCUGUUAUUGUUGUACCACAUUCUUCAACAAGUGACACAGCAGUACAUGGUACCAGUGCACACGUGCAUGACUGUGAUGAGGUUUCAGGAGAGGGAUGUAGUGUUGACUUUGAGCCAGAAACAGUGACAGACAGUGAGCAGUCAGAGAUAGUGACAGUGACAGACCGUGAGCAGCAGUCAGAGACAUUGGGAGAAAAGUAUAAAUCUAACCCUGAUUACACACAGUCUAUAAAGAAGCGAAACCAGGAAAAAAAACGUAAUCAAAAGCUGCAAAAACAUCAGAUAGAUUUUGUAAUUCAGCAAUUUAGAGAAAAGGUUAAACAGGGCCCAGAAUAUGUUUGCUGUGUAUGUCAUAGAUUAUUAUUCCAACAUCAGGUACUUCAGUGUAGAAAAGAACAAUAUGGAAAGAAAGGAUCUGUAGUAGCUUCAUUGGCAGAUAAAUGUAUAACUUCCACAUAUCUUCAUGAAUGUGGUGAUAAAUGUACUGCAGACUGUACUUUAAAAUGGACACAUGUUGGUAAAUUGUGGAUUUGUCACACCUGCCACAGAAAAAUCCUUAGUGGAAAAGUACCUGAAGAAAGUGAAAUUAAUAAUCUACAGUUAGAUCCUAUUCCACCAGAACUAAAUACAUUAAACUCUUUAGAACAACAUUUAAUUGCACAGCAUAUUCCCUUCAUGAAAGUACUAGCUCUACCUAAGGGAGGACAAAAUGGUGUCCAUGGCCCUGUAACAUGUGUUCCUUCUAACAAUAAUGCUGUUAAUAAUGUGCUUCCUAGGUUAGAAAAUCAGGAUUUAAUGAUUCGUGUUAAAUUAAAGAGGAAAAUUACCUACAAAGGGCAUUAUGAAUAUCAGUAUGUCCACACAAAUAAAGUUCAUUGUGCACUAGAACAUUUAAAAUCUCAUAAUAAGUGGUAUAAAGAUGUGGAAAUUAAUACAGAUUGGACGAAUCCUCUUGAAAAAGAUAAAAAUGAUGAUGGUAAUACAAGUGAGGAGGGUGAAGAGGUAAAAGACAUUGAAGAUGAACACAUUAAUGAUAAACAACAGCAUGGCAUGUAUUUAGACACAUGUAUGCAGCCUGUAGAUGUUGCACAGGAAAUAUUAGAUCAGCAUUUUGACAGUGUGUUAUCAGUAGCUCCAGCAGAAGGUAACAGUCCUGUGCGUUUGCUUACAGAUGUUAGCAAUGAGGCUAAAUGUUUUCCUGUUCUUUUCCCAAAGGGAACUGGUACUUUUCAUGAUGCCAGACAGCAUAGGUUGACAUUGAGUCGUUAUCUGAAUUGUAGAGUUCUUAAUGCUGAUGGUCGAUUUGGCAGUAACUUGGAUUACAUCUUUUAUGCACAGUAUUUGUCAGAGAUUAAUCAAGUUGUGUCAAAUGUUUCCAUUGCAUUAAGGAAAGGGUAUCAUGGAGGAGAGAACACCCAGAUUACAUCCUCCAUGCUUGCUAGUACAGACUUUGUUAAGAAUGUUUUAAAGUGUGACAUGGGCUACAAAUUUUUAAAACCUAUUCGCGGAACACCUGUGUUUUGGCAAAGUGUACAAAAAGACUUAUUUGCUAUGGUCAGGCAGCUUGGGAUUCCUACUUGGUUCUGUUCCUUUUCAUCUGCGGAUUUACGUUGGACAGAAUUGAUGGAAACCUUUAUGAAAGUGCAAAAUUUGCAAGGCAAUGUAAAUGAAAUGGACUGGUCCCAAAAAUGUAAUUUGUUAAAGAAGAAUCCUGUGACAGCAGCAAGAAUGUUCGAUCAUAGGUUUCGUUCUUUCCUAAAAGAUGUGAUCAUGUCCCCUGCUCAGCCAAUAGGCAAGAUCAUUGACUAUUUUUAUCGCGUUGAGUUUCAACAGCGUGGAUCGCCACAUACACAUUGUUUGUUUUGGGUGGAGAAUGCACCAAAGAUUGGCAGUAACACAGACCAGGAGGUCAUAGAUUUCAUUGAUAAAUAUGUAACAUGUGAACUCCCACCUGAAAAUGAUGAUAUGCAUGAGGUUGUUUCCAACGUUCAAAUGCACAGUAAGAAACACUCUAAGAGUUGUAAAAAGAAGCGCACAACGUGCAGGUUUAAUUUCCCGCGACCUCCAAGCAACAAAACAUUUAUCUGUAAACCAAAAACAGAGGAGCAGCAGCAACAAGAUAAAACUAACAUAGAGCAGCAGCAAAGUAAUGUAAAAACGUGUGAUGCAGAAGCAAAAGCUAAAGAAAUAAUGAGUAAAGUUAAACUAGCUCUUUCAAAUGAAGAAACAACAUUUGACAGUGUUGACGCUCUGUUUAGUUCCAUUGGCAUCAAUCAGUCAAUUUUUGAAAAGGCAUAUCAGUUAACUACAAAGAAAACUAGCGUCAUUCAUAAAAGAAAUGUAAACGACGUUUGGGUAAAUCAGUACAACAAAGAUCUUUUGCGUUGCUGGAAUGCAAAUUUGGACAUUCAGUUUGUAUGUGAUCCAUAUUCAUGUGUAGUAUAUAUCAUCUCGUAUAUCUCAAAAGCAGAAAGGGAAAUGGGUUUGCUACUUCAACAUACACAGAACGAAGUUAAAAGUAAAGGGAAUCUAGAUGCAAAACAGUCUCUUAACAAGUUAGGAAGUGUGUUUCUGCACAACAGAGAAGUAUCUGCUCAGGAAAGCGCAUAUCGCCUGACAAACAUGCGAUUAAAGGAGUGCUCCAGAAAGGUUGUAUUCGUUCCAACUGGAGACAAUAUUGUCAGGAUGAGUCUUCCUCUAAAUGUAAUUCAGAAGAGAGCAGAACAACAAGACACAAACAAAGACCAAAUCUGGAUGACAAACAUCACUGAUCGCUACAAAAAUAGACCUAAAAGUAAUGAGUUUAAAGACAUGUGUUUAGCAACUUAUGCUUCACAAUAUAGAGAUGUGCCCAAAAAUGAAAAAUGUAGAAGCAAUGUGAUUAAAUUAGAUAAUGACUGCGGUUUUGUAAAAAAGAGGACAUGGACAGAUGUGGCUGUUGUGAGAUAUGCUCGCUUUUCACCAACACAACAUCCUGAAAAGCACUAUCAAAGCUUGCUUCAGCUGUUCUUGCCUUAUUAUACAGGCAAUCAGUUGAAACCCCCACAAUUUUUAUCUUUUGAACAGUUUUAUGACACUGCUUCUGUCACUAACGGCAAUGAAAUUAAAUCUGUAAAAGAGGUGGUUGAUUUGAACAGGUCUAAAUUUGAAAUAAAUGCUGAAGAAUUAGAACAUUGUGAAGAAGCUGUAGCACACGUAGGCUUUCAAGAAGAUGCUUGGGCUGAGCUUUGUCCUGAAGCUGAAUUGGGGAGAUUAGAAAGUUUGGAGGAGAUGAGUGUUAAAAAAGAUUUGUUUCCUACAGAAAGAGAUGUUAUUCCAGAUUUGCAACCAGACAAGACACCGGUGUCUAUAGAAUUCCCAAAACCAAAAAUUCAUCAUUCUGAAGCACAAGCUAUUAUGAGAUCCCUGAAUGAUCUACAGUCACAGGUGUUUUAUAAGAUACGACAGUGGUGCUUGGAUAAAAUUAAUGGUAAAAAUCCUGCACCUUUUCAUGUGUUUAUUUCUGGUGGAGCAGGCACAGGAAAAUCUCACUUAAUUAAAGCUGUGUAUUAUGAGGCAACAAGACUGUUAGCAAGAAUGUCAGAUUAUCCAGAUGAUGUUCAUGUUUUACUCACUGCCCCUACUGGUGUAGCUGCUUAUAACAUUAAUGCUACUACAAUACACCAUAGCUUUGCUAUUUGUAAUAACGUUUCAUUACCAUAUCAGCCACUAAAAGAGGAAAAGGUAAAUACUGUAAGAGCCAGUCUGAAAGAUCUCCAAAUAUUAAUCAUAGAUGAAAUUUCCAUGGUUGAUCACAAACUAUUGACCUACAUCCAUGGCAGACUGAGGCAAAUUAAACAGUGUGCUGAUUUUUCUCCCUUUGGUAAUGUAUCUGUAAUAGCUGUUGGAGAUUUUUAUCAACUUCCACCAGUUAAAGGAAGGCCUCUUUACACAGACCAAACAGAGACCAACCUAUGGGGAAAUACUUUUAGCCACGUAGAGUUAACAGAAAUUGUGCGACAGAAAAAUAAAAACUUUGCUGUGACACUAAAUCGCAUCAGGAAACAUAAAAAAGGAGAAAAACUUAAUGUCCAAGAUGAAAAACUAUUAAAACGAUGUGAGACAGGCACGGGUGAUGACACAGAAGACCUUCACGUUUUUGCAACAAAUAGUGAUGUAGAAACCCAUAACUUUAAGAUGCUGCAUAAAGUAUGUUCUGAUAUUGUUCAGAUUAAAGCACAAGACUUUGACAAAAAUCCUCAAACAGGGCGAUUCGCAAAAACUACUACUUCACAUACCUUUGACAAACAGACAUAUUUAACUAAAUUGUUGAGUGUUGGUCCAAAUGCUCGUGUCAUGCUCAUCAAAAACAUAGACACUUCAGAUGGUCUUGUUAAUGGAGUAUGUGGCACUGUUUGUCUUGUAAAAUCUGAUGAAAAUACCAAACUCCCCAAAACUAUUUAUGUUAAUUUUGAUGAUGAAAGGAUUGGCAGUAAAUUAAGAGCAAAAUUCCCAUGUACAGUGCCUGGUCUUCAAAAUGCAACACCAAUUGGACGUGAAGAAGACAAAGUAACCAACAGAGGUGGAGUUAGACGCCAGUUUCCAUUACGUUUGGCAUGGGCAUGCACAAUCCAUAAGGUGCAAGGCUUAACUUUAGACAAAGCAGUAGUGUCUUUUAAAAAGAUUUUCUCUGCUGGCCAAGCUUACGUUGCUUUAAGCCGUGUAACAUCCAUAGAAAAUCUUAUUAUUCAGGAUUUUAAAGCCACUGCUAUUUACGCAAAAAGUGAUAUAGAUGAAAAUUUAGAGGCAAUGGAAAAAUACAUUGAGACUCCAUUAACAAGACCAGAUGCUUCUCUCAAAGCGGAAGUGGGCGUGGUCAAUGGCAAACUGAUUCAGCUCUAUUCAGGGAAUCUGGGGAUAUAA